AAACAAAGCCAAAGUUUAUCUUUUUCUUAUAAAGUAAAACAGUUUGGUAAAAAUGUUACGUCUAAUCUAAUGAUUAUUUCAUUUCACAACAAUUUUUUUUUUUGGGUAGCACGGGCUACCCCUCCCUUAUACUACCAUCCGCCUCUGCAACAAACGGCGCCUUUUUUUCCUUGAAAUUCAUCUUUCUAAUUCACCACUCCAUGAACACUACUUCAACCACAAAACCAAUCCCAUCCUCACUCAUAAACAACAACAAGUAAAAUCAAUGCUUCUUAAAUGUUUCGUUCUUCCCUCUUCAAAAAACCCAUUCUCCUCUCUCUCACACAACGUUCCUUCCACUCUUCCAUUCCUCUUCAAUGGAAGCUUCGUCAAGAAACAACAAACCUCCCUCACCCCGAACUCCUCGACCGAAUCACCCGCCUCCUCAUCCUCAACCGUCCUCAAUCCCUCCACAAUCUCACCUUCAAAUACUCCGACCACCUCACUGAUUCCCUCCUCCGUCGCCUCCGUCUCCACCCCUCCGCCUGCCUCUCCUUCUUCCAUCUCGCCACACAAAACUCUCAUUACCGCCCACAUUCCCUUUCCUACUCCAUCCUGCUUCACAUUCUCACACAUGCUCGUCUUUUCCCCGAAGCAACCACCGUUCUCCGCCAGCUUAUGGACCUUCAUUGCACGAAUAAUUACCGUGCAUACGCGGUGUGUAAUCAUGUUUUCUCGGUUUAUAAGGAGUUUGGAUUUUGUUCUGGUGUUUUUGAUAUGUUGAUGAAGGCUUUUGCGGAAAGAGGGAUGACGAAACAUGCACUCUAUGUGUUUGAUGAAAUGUCGAGGAUUGGUAGAGUGCCGGGUUUAAGGUCGUGUAGUUUCUUGUUGGGUAAGUUAGUUCAGAAGGGUGAAGGGAGGGUAGCGGUUAUGGUUUUUGAUCAGAUUGUGGGGACUGGGAUUGUGCCGGAUGUUUAUAUGUGUAGUAUUGUUGUCAACGCGCAUUGUCAGGUUGGGAGGGUGGAUGUUGCUAUGGAGGUUUUGGAGAAGAUGGUGAAGGAGGGGUUGGAGCCGAAUGUUGUAACUUACAAUGGUUUGGUUAAUGGGUAUGUUGGUCGAGGUGAUUUUGAAGGAGUUGAGAGGGUGUUGAGGUUGAUGUCUGAGAGAGGGGUUUCGAGGAAUGUGGUUACUUGUACGAUGUUGAUGAGGGGGUAUUGUAAGAAGGGGAAGAUGGAUGAGGCGGAGAAGUUGCUUCGGGAAGUGGAGGAGGAUGAGUUGUUGGUUGUUGAUGAGCGUGUUUAUGGUGUGUUGGUGGAUGGGUAUUGUCAAAUGGGGAGAAUGGAGGAUGCUGUUAGGAUUCGAGAUGAGAUGUUGAGGGUUGGGUUGAAGGUGAAUAUGGUUAUUUGUAACACGUUGAUUAAGGGAUAUUGUAAGCUUGGUCAGGUUUGUGAAGCUGAGCGAGUGUUUGUGGGGAUGGUGGAUUGGAAUUUGAAGCCGGAUUGUUAUAGCUAUAAUACACUUUUGGAUGGAUACUGCAGAGAAGGGAAAGUGAGCAAGGCUUUUAUGCUUUGCGAGGAGAUGUUAGGAGACGGGAUUACUCCAACAGUUGUGACGUAUAAUACUGUUAUCAAGGGAUUGGUUGAUGUGGGUUCCUAUGAUGAUGCUUUGCACCUUUGGCAUUUGAUGGUGGAAAGAGGUGUGACUCCGAAUGAGAUCAGCUGUUGUACUAUGCUUGAUUGCUUUUUCAAGAUGGGAGAUUCUGACAGGGCCAUGAUGCUUUGGAAAGAAAUUUUAGGUAGGGGUUUUACUAAGAGCACAGUUGCAUUCAAUACGAUGAUCAGUGGAUUGUGUAAGAUGGGGAAAUUGAUGGAAGCUGGGGCUGUUUUUGACAGGAUGAAGGAACUUGGAUUGUCACCGGAUGAAAUAACGUAUAGGACUUUGAGUGAUGGAUAUUGUAAAAAUGGGAAUGUUCAGGAAGCUUUUCAAAUUAAAGGUGUGAUGGAAAGACAAGCAAUGUCUGCUUCCAUUGAAAUGUACAAUUCCCUUAUUGAUGGACUUUUUAAGAUUAGGAAGUUGAAUGAUGUUACUGAUCUCCUUGUUGAGAUGCAAACAAGAGGAUUAUCACCAAAUGUUGUUACCUAUGGAACCCUUAUUUCUGGUUGGUGCGAUGAACAGAAGCUGGACAAAGCUUUUCAUUUAUAUUUUGAGAUGAUUGAAAGAGGGUUCACUCCCAAUGUAGUGGUUUGUAGCAAAAUUGUUAGCAGCCUUUAUCGGGAUGAUAGAAUCUCUGAAGCUACUGUGAUCCUAGACAAAAUGUUGGAUUUUGAUAUUCUUGCAGUUCAUAAUAAAUGUUCUGAUAAGUUGGUCAAAAACGAUUUAACUUUAGAAGCUCAGAAAAUUGCUGAUUCGCUUGAUAAAAGUGAUAUAUGUAAUUCUCUUUCAAAUAAUAUUGUGUACAACAUAGCUAUAGAUGGACUUUGCAAGUCUGGAAAGCUCGAUGAAGCAAGAAGUGUUCUGUCAGUUUUGAUGUCUAGAGGUUUUCUUCCAGAUAAUUUCACAUAUUGUACAUUAAUUCAUGCCUGUUCAGUUUCUGGCAAUGUAGAUGAAGCUUUCAAGUUAAGGGAUGAGAUGUUGGAGAAGGGUCUCAUUCCAAAUAUCACAAUAUAUAAUGCAUUAAUAAAUGGUUUGUGCAAAUUAGGAAAUAUUGAUCGAGCACAGAGACUCUUCUACAAACUUUAUCAAAAGGGUUUGGUUCCUAAUGCUGUCACCUACAAUAUACUAAUUGGUUGUUACUGUAGAAUUGGUGAUCUUGAUAAAGCCUCUAGACUGAGAGAGAAGAUGACAGAAGAAGGGAUUUCUACUCGUAUUAUACCUUGAUCAGGGGUUGUUUGGAAGGACUAUACAUUAUUGGAUAGGCAGGGUUUAAUCAAAUUCUUGCCUGAUGCUCAUAAAAUUUGCUAUAUGCAACAUUGAGCAGCUGGCUCGGCACUUAGUUACAGCACACCCGCAGCACAAAUUUUACUAUAUACAACAAUUUUGAACCAACUCCACCAAAAAAAAAUCAUUUCUUCAUUCGAAUUUAUAGAUCGGCAAUGGUCAAGUGGUGCUCCUGUUUUUUCAGCCAUAAGCGCCGAAGCACCAUACUUGAAAAUUUCAGAGUUUCAUUCUUUGUUCAUGAAGUUAGGUGUGCUUCAUAAAUCUUUGCACUUUUGAUCAUUGGGAAGCAAAACAAGUUAGAAGGAAAUAUAUUGAAGAAGCUAGAUGGUAUUGGUCAAGCUGUGGCUUGAAUUAUGGUUGGAGGCUGAGUUCUCAUCGACUCUGCAUCAGCAUUUCAUCGAUUAGAAAGGGAAACAGACCUUAUUUCUAGACAAAGCAUUGUAUUUUGCGACACAGACUCGCUAGGUCAAUGACCCUUCAGGCCUUUGAAAUAUCUUGAAGACAGACAACUUCUGCAUUCUAAAUUGUCUUGAAUGAAGUCAUACGGAAGUGCUACACAUUAACAAACAGGUCAUGGGCUGGACCAUGAGAUUGGGACUAAAUCUGAUUCUCAAUUGCUGCUUACUCCCGUAACACCUGAAAGGGGGCAAAACAAAGAAUUAGAAGAGCCCCUUAGUGGCCUAAGGAUUAUGCAUUAGCAGGAAAACGGUUAUCUCACCUGGAUUCUAGAGAACCUCCUUUCAGUUAGAACAUUCCUCAAUUUAUGGGACACCCCACAUCUCACCUUUCUGUUAUUAUUUAUUGUUUAUCCUGCUAGCUUUGUAUUUGGAUUUUUGCCAAUAGCAAGAGAUCCUAGCAGCAAGGGAAAUCAAGUCUUCACUAUAAGUCAUCACAAAUUCCACUAUUUGCGUUUACUUCGAAAGUUCCCAAACUUGCGUUGAUUUUAGCUCAUCUCUUGUAAAAUUGGAAGUCUCAGUUUUCUGCUUGAAAGCCGAAAUGACGUUAAAGUUUGAGCUACGUAGCAGGUAUCUUCAUUUUGAUUAUACAUUGAAAUUUUUCAGCUUUGACUCCACCUGGUGAAUUUAAUCAAAUACUAUUUAGUUGUUGUGAUCGAAGAUUUUGUUGGUUUUUGUAAGUAUUAAACGAGUGUAUAAAGAUUUAUAAGUGAGUAAAGAGAAUAAAUUUUAUUGGUUAUUCUCUCAAUUAGUAACUUUUGAAGAAUACUAGAAGUCUCACAUUGACUAGAAUGAGCUAGAUUUCUUGGGCAAGAAAUUUCAAGCUUCCGAAAAAAAUAGGUAACUCCCAAGCUUAGACCCAUGCAAUGGGCCAACUCCUAAUUUUCAAUGGUGUAGACAUCUCACAUUGAAUACUAUAUGGCCCAAAUAAUGGUUAUAAGUAGGGUGUAAUCCUCGUCUUAUAAGCCGAUUUCGUGAAAUUGUGAGGUUGAGUUAGGGUUAACCCAAGUUCCAAGAGUAACCUUACUAAUAAAUAUAUUAUUUUCUCUUUAGAGGUGGUCAUCCUUUUGGUAUGUUAAUACUUGAUAUACACUUUCAGAUUAAUGAACAAUUAUUUGAUGUUGAUUAUGAUGUUCCUUUAGUUCAGAUAUUUUUAUAUUUGAUGCUAUUCAAUAUGUAUUGGAGAAAGUUUUUCCUUGCAAUUAUUAAUAUCAUGAUGGAUUUUAAUAGUAUUACAUGAUAGAAUACUGCUUUGUUUCUUAAUAAUUUAUGUGCAGGUAUUUAAAAAUACAUAAUUUUGAAAGUAAGUUGCAUAGUAUUUUUUUGGGCCAACAGUCCAUGCUAAAUGAUGUGCCCUUAUUUUUUUUUUUGACAAGAAUGAUGUGCCCUUGUUUGUUUGUCAACUUAUGAAUUUCUUUAGAGUCAUGCUAACUCGUGCUCUAAAUGUAUAAGUUAAGGAGCUAAAAAAGGAAUUAAAAGAGAAGUUUAUAUUCAAAAGAUAAAUUUUUAAAUGUUUAAAAUAUUGAAUGCACAAUUUCAAAGAAAAUACUUAAAUAUUUAAUUUCUUUAAUUGUACCCUAAGGGCACAAAUUAGCAUUUGCCACAUGUAGAUAUUUUAGUAAUGAUAUUUUUGGUUCUAUUAUUACCUGGAAAACAAACAAGUUUGUGGGACAUUAAUACAAACGUAACAUGUACAUGAUUGACUUUAUGAUGUUGGUGGUCUGGAACUGGUACACUGUCUUUUGAUGAACAAAACCUAGAAGCUACAUUGCUAGGAUUGUCAUAAUCUCAUAGAGGUACAUUGCUAGCUAAUUAGAGACCAAACUUUUAACUAUAUGAUGGCUAUAACUAUAUGAUGGGUAUAUACACUGCACAGUGCAUGAGAAUGGAGACAAAAAUUGGGAGGAUAAGUCAAAAAGCACGAAGGAAGCUGACAGCAAAACAGAAAAGAGAUAAACACAUAAGUAGGGGAUAUAAAUGUAAUACAGGAAAAAGAAAAUAAAUUUUAUAAAUAAAUAAAUAAAUAAAUAAAUAAAAGAGAUAAUAAGUGAAAGAAUUACUAAAGUCUGGAGAAGACCAAUGAGAAACACCCAGACGCAGUUGGUGCAACCAUGCAGAAAGAACAGAGUUUUGAGGGUGUAAAAAUAAUAGAAAACGAGAAACGUAAGAACACAGGUAUCAAAGGAAAAAUUAUAAUUGCAUUUCCUUUUGUGCUUUUCUUAUGGUUCAUAACUUUACUAUCCAUGAUAUCAUCAAAUUCAUAAUUUUCUGAAAGUUUUGUUAAAACCAAAAAAGAUGUAUUUUUAGUUAAAAACCAUACGAAAAGCACAUACGGAAAUGCACCUAAAUUUUGUCCCAAACAGUGAAACACAAAGACAAAAAGUUGGCAAGUAUUACAAGUUACAAAUAAUGGGUGGUUGUCGAGUCCUGCAUCCCUUCAUUUGUGCUGUCCUUUAUUCAUGUUUUAAACAAUUUGAUACCUAUGUCGUAUGAAGUAUGAACUAUGAGUUUCAUAGGUUAUGAGUUACUAACACAUCAGUAAAAAUAUAAUGACAUAUAUCAAAGAUUUACCGGUCUCUACAACACAUAUUGCUAAGCAUUAGUGAUCAGAAAAAGUAAUUUAUCCUGCUGGUUGAAACCAGGUAAUAAUCAUUUCUAACACUAUGCCACUUAAUGUAAGAUGUAGAUAGAUCACUAAUUCUUUUGGCAUAACUGAAUCAAUAGUAUACAACAUUCUUAUGUGAAUGGAGAGCAUUGAUAAUGGACGACAUCAAGGCACCAAAUGGAAAUCAUAUGUUAAUGCACUCUUUUUCCCUUUUUGAUAUAAGGUGAUGGAAAUAGAACCUCAAGCUGUUUUUUGGUGAUAGAAUGGAACGAGAGCUCAUGGUAGUAGUACUAUGAAAAUUAGUGAUGAUACUUGUAAAGAGAAUCACAAUUUUGUGCCUCCUAUCGGUUUGUUUUGGUCAUUCAGUGGCUUAUCCUCUGCAUACAUGUAACCAGGUUUUGAAACAAAUUCGUUGGAUGUGAGUGGUUCCAAGGAAAUCCUUCUGGCAGUAUGGCUAAUCCAAAUCAGGAUUUAAGCAUUGCCCCGCUUAACCUGCAUUAUUGUGUCCCUUCUUUAGAAGGAGAGCUUCCUCUGUUAUCGGAGGUCACCCUACUAAUCCACAGUAGUGUGAUUGAUCUGCCUUUCAUUAUACAACUAGCAUCUAUUAUCUUUAUUAUAAACUGUACAGGAGUUAAACUUGCAACUGACAGCCAUUAGUUUCAUCAUACAGUACAUAGAUAUGUAAAUACAUCUGGCAGCCAUUACCAUAUAUCGAUAGCACCAACAUUAUUAACUUUGCAUUAACAUAAUCAACCCUAGUAGUAGGAUCAAUUCUACGCUCAUUUGCAAUGAAAAUUGCGUUUCUGAUGGUUCCUGGCGCCUGAACUCCAGCACUGGCUCUCUGCUAACCGGCACCUAGUGCCUUAACCCUGGCACCUAGCACCCAGGCUCUUCCUUAUACUGACUUCAUGAAAAAUCUGUUGAUAUGUUGCUUAAGGUAUUUGUUGAGAAAGGGAUGUCCUUUAGUUCGGAUAUUUUGAUAAAAUUUUAGAUAUUUCAAUAUUGAUACUAUUCAAUAUGCAUUGGAAAAAAAGUUUCCUGCAAUUAUUAAUGUCAUGAUGGAUUUCAUAGUACUACAUAAUAGACUAAUCAUUCAUUUCUUUGUUAUUUAUUUGGCAGGGUAUGGAAAAAUAGACAAUUUUAAAUGUAAGUUUAGAUUCAUAGUAUGGUUCAUUUUUGGGCCAACAGACCAUGCUAAAGAUAUGCCCCUUGUUUGUCAACUUAUGAAUUUCUGUAAGGAUCAUGCUAACUUGUGCCCGAUGCAAGUUAUGGAAGUAAAAAAGGAAUUAAAAGACAAGUUUUGAUGUUGAAAAUAAUUUUUUAAACUUUUAAAAUAUUGAAUGCACAAUUUUCAAGAAAAUAUUUUUAUAUUUAGUUUCUUUACUUGUGCCUUAAGGGUAUUACAUUUCCGUCAUUUAAAUAUUUUAGGAUGAUAUUUUAGGAUCCUAUUAUUACCUGAAAAACAAACAAGUUUGUGAUGAUGUUAAUAGAGAUGUACAAUGUACAUGAUUGACUUGAUGAUGUUGGUGGUCUGGAACUGGUACACUGUCUUUUGAUGAACAAAACCUAGAAGCUACAUUGCUAGGAAUGUCAUAAUAUCAUAGAGGUACAUUGCUAGCCAAUUAGAGACCAAACUCUUAACUAUAUAUAUAAUAUAAUGGCAAUAUACACUGCACCGUGCAUGUGAAUGAGCACAAAAAUUGGGAGGACAAGUCAAAAAGCAUGAAAGAUGUUGACAGCAAAACAGAAAAGAGAUAAACACAUAAUAAGACUAGCUACAAUGGGGUGUUGAAUAUGAGAUUCAACAUGUUGAAGCCUUGCAAUGGAGGGUGUUGAAAGAAGGAAAAAUCUGAGUUGGAGGAGGGAAGUGAUGAAAGAGUUCAACUUGUUGAAUGCUGCCACGGGGGACAGCUGUCGCGCGCUUAUUUGUUGUGCCAGGCGCGUGCGCUACACGCGCGGAAGGAGAGAGUGGGCGACGCCCACGCGGAGAGAGAAGAGAGGAAAUGGAUAAAGCAAGACACAUGGCAUUAUGUGAUUGGCUGCUUGGAUUUUUAUCUUCUUAAUAAUUUGGACUCAAUUAUUUCAUUGCAAAUAAUU